UGCCUAAAAUGUAUGAUCCUUUGUUAAAUGGACCAUAUCGAGGAACAAUAAAAAAAGGGGUUUCAUCUUCAAUCAUAAACAAUACUUUGCUAGAAAAUUGGGAAAAGAGAGUUAGACUAAAUAGGAUUCAUACUAUCUUUCUUCCGAAUAUGGAUUACCAAGAAUUUGAACAAAAAGCGUAUACGAUUGAUAAAAAACCAUUAUCAACAGAAAUUGACGAGUUCUUAACUUUAAUCAAUGAAUUAGGUAACGAACCAAAAUCUAGUUUAAAUUUGAAGGGUCUUUCUUUAUUUUCAGACCAAGAACAGAGAAGAGUGAAUUCAGAAAAAAGAACGAAAUUUGUAAAAUUUGUAUUCAAUGCAAUUGAUCCUAAUGAGACAAAAUCGGGAAAAAAAUCGAUUGGAAUAAAAGAAAUCAGUAAAAAAGUACCUCGCUGGUCCCAUAAAUUAAUCACCGAAUUGGACCAACAAAUGGGUGAAUUUCAAGAUCGCGCAUCAAUUGAUCAUCAACUUCGUUCAAGAAAAGCCAAACGUGUAGUUAUUUUUACUGACAACAACGCGACUAACGAUCCUGAGGAGGAAGUGGCUUUAAUAAGCUAUUCGCAACAAUCAGAUUUUCGGCGAGGUAUAAUUAAAGGCUCUAUGCGGGCUCAAAGGCGCAAAACAUUUAUUUCGAAACUAUUUCAAGCAAAUGUACAUUCCCCCCUUUUUGUCGACAGAAUAACCCCCCUACGUCUUUUUUCUUUUGAUAUCUCUGAACUAAUUAAACCAAUUUUUCGAAAUUGGACAGGUAAAGAGGGAGAAUUCAAGAUUCUAGAGUCUAGAGAAGAACAAACAAAAAGAGAAGAGAAAAAAGAAAAGGACAAAAAAGAGGAUAACAAAAGAAAGGAACAAGCACGGAUAGCGAUCGAAGAAGCCUGGGAUAACAUUCCUUUUGCACAAAUAAUAAGAGGUUACAUGUUAAUAACUCAAUCAAUUCUUCGAAAAUAUAUUCUAUUACCUUCAUUGAUAAUAGCCAAAAAUCUCGGGCGUAUGUUAUUCUUGCAACUUCCUGAAUGGUCUGAAGAUUUGCAGGAAUGGAAUAGAGAAAUGCAGAUUAAAUGUACUUAUAAUGGUGUUCAAUUAUCAGAAACAGAAUUUCCCAAAGAUUGGUUGAGAGACGGGAUUCAGAUCAAAAUUUUAUUUCCUUUUUGUCUGAAACCUUGGCAUAUAUCUAAACUGUACCCCUCCCGCGGAGAGCUAAUGAAAAAGCAAAAACAAAAAGAUGAUUUUUGUUUUUUAACAGUUUGGGGAAUGGAAGCUGAACUUCCCUUUGGUUCUCCCCGAAAGCGCCCUUCCUUUUUUGAGCCCAUUUUUAAGGAACUCGAAAAAAAAAUUGGAAAAUUAAAAAAGAAAUAUUUUCUAACUCUAAAAAUUUUCAAAGGAAAAACAAAAUUAUUUAGAAGAGUUUCAAAAGAAACCAAAAAAUGGUUUAUCAAAAGUAUUGGAUUUCUAAAAAAAAUAAAAAAAGAACUUUCAAAAGUAAAUCCAAUUGUAUUAUUUAGAUUCAAAGAAAUAUCGGAAUCCAAUGAAACAAAAAAAGAAAAAGAUUAUCUAAUUAGUAAUCAAAUAAUUAACGAAUCAUUUAGUCAAAUUGAAUCUGGAAAUUGGCCAAAUUCUUCACUGAUAGAAACAAAAAUGAAGGAUUUGACUGAUAGAACAAGUACAAUCAAAAAUCAAAUAGAAAGAAUUACAAAAGAUAAAAAGAAAGUAACUCCAGAAAUAGACAUUAAUCCUAAUAAAACAAAUAAUAUUAAAAAACUCGAAUCGCCAAAAAAAUUUUUCCAAAUAUUACAAAGAAGAAAUACUCGAGUAAUAUGGAAAUUCCAUUAUUUUCUCAAAUUAUUCAUUCAAAGAUUAUACAUCGAUCUAUUUUUAUCUAUCAUUAAUAUUCCUAGAAUUACUACACAACUCUUUCUUGAAUCAACAAACAAAUUGAUUGAGAAAUUCAUCUCCAAUAAUGAAAUAAAUCAAGAAAAAAUUACUAAUAAAAAAAAAAUUCACUUUAUCUUUAUUUCGACUAUAAAAAAGUCACUUUAUAAUAUUAGUAAGAAAAAUUCACAUAUUUUUUGUGAUUUAUCCUACUUGUCACAAGCAUAUGUAUUUUACAAAUUAUCACAAACCCAAGUUAUUAAUUUGUCUAAAUUUAGAUCUGUUCUUCAAUAUAACACAACGUCUUGCUUCCUUAAGACUAAAAUAAAGAACUAUUUUAAAACACUAGGAAUAUUUCAUUCGGAAUUAAAACAUAAGAAACUUCAGAGUUAUAGAAUCAAUCAAUGGAAAAACUGGUUAAGAUGGCAUUAUCAAUACGAUUUAUCUCAGAUUAGAUGGUCUAGAUUAAUGCCAAAAAAAUGGCGAACUAAGGUUAAUCAAAGUUGUAUGGCUCAAAAUCAAAAUAGAAACUUAAACAAAUGGAAUUCAUAUGAAAAAGACCAAUUAAUUCAUUACAAAAAAGAAAAUGAUUCGGAACUCUAUUCAUUAUCAAACCAAAAAGAUAAUUUUAAAAAAUGUUAUAGAUAUGGUCUUUUAGCAUAUAAAUCAAUUAAUUAUGAAAAUAAAAGUGACUCAUUUUUUUCUAGAUUACCCUUUCAAGUAAAGAAGAACUUAGAAAUUUCGUAUAAUUCCAACACGUCCAAACACAACUUUGUUGAUAUGCCCGGCAAUCUUCAUAUCAAUAAUUAUCUAAGAAAGGUCAAUAUUCUAGAUAUAGAAAGAAAUCUCGAUAGAAAAUAUUUUGAUUGGAAAAUUAUCCAUUUUUCUCUUAGACAAAAAGGAGAUAUUGAAGCCUGGGUUAAGAUCGAUACCAACAGUAAUCCAAAUACUAAAAUUGGUAUUAAUAAUUAUCAAAUAAUUGAUAAAAUUGAGAAAAAAGGGGUUUUUUAUCUUACAACUCAUCAAAAUCCAGAAAAAACUCAAAAAAAUUCGAAAAAAGUCUUUUUUGAUUGGAUGGGAAUGAAUGAAAAAAUAUUUAAUCGUCCCAUAUUGAAUCUGGAAUUUUGGUUCUUCCCAGAAUUUGUACUACUUUAUAAUGUCUAUAAAAUAAAACCGUGGAUUAUACCAAGCAAAUUCCUUCUUUUUAAUUUGAAUACAAAUGAAAAUGUUAUUCAAAAUAAAAACCAAAAACAAAACUUUUUUCUACCAUCAAAUAAAAAAAUAAAGAAUCGAAGUCAAGAAACAAAAGAACCCCCAAGUCAAAGAGAGCGUGGAUCAGAUAUAGAAAACAAAGGAAAUCUGAGCCCUGUUUUUUCAAAACAUCAAACCGAUCUUGAAAAAGAUUACGUGGAAUCAGACACAAAAAAGGGUCAAAAUAAAAAACAAUACAAAAGCAACACGGAAGCAGAACUAGAUUUGUUCUUGAAACGUUAUUUGCUUUUUCAAUUGAGAUGGAACGAUGCUUUGAAUAAAAGAAUGCUCGAAAAUAUCAAGGUAUAUUGUCUCCUGCUUCGACUGAUAAAUCCAACCAAAAUUACUAUAUCGUCAAUUCAAAGGAGAGAAAUGAGUUUGGAUAUAAUGCUGAUUCAGGCAAAUUUACCUCUUACAGACUUGAUGAAGAAGGGGGUAUUGAUUAUCGAACCUAUUCGGUUGUCUGUAAAACAUAAUGGACAAUUUAUUAUGUAUCAAACCAUAGGUAUUUCAUUGGUUCAUAAAAGUAAACACCAAACUAAUCAAAGAUACCGAGAACAAAGAUAUGUUGAUAAAAAGAAUUUUGACGAAUUCAUUCUGCAACCUCAAACUCAAAGAAUAAAUACAGAAAAAACUCAUUUUGAUUUGCUUGUUCCUGAAAAUAUUUUAUGGUCUAGACGUCGUAGAGAAUUGAGAAUUCGAAGUUUUUUUAAUUCUUUGAAUUGGAAUGUCGUCGAUAGAAAUUCAGUAUUUUGCAACGAAACCAAUGUAAAAAACUGGAGUCAAUUUUUGGGUGAACGGAAACCCCUUUAUAAAGAUAAAAAUAAAUUAAUUAAAUUUAAGUUCUUUCUUUGGCCUAAUUAUCGAUUAGAAGAUUUAGCUUGUAUGAAUCGUUAUUGGUUUGAUACCAAUAAUGGUAGCCGUUUCAGUAUCUUAAGGAUACAUAUGUAUCCACGAUUGAAAAUUAAUUGAUAGUACUAUAUACCCUGUCU